GAGCACCCGCGAUAAGCACCAACACUUGUUGAGAGACCAUCAGGUCUGUCUCGGAUCAUUGUUGCGACCGCGACUUUCCAUCAGGGAACUUUUUCUAUACAUCUGGCACCAUGAAGUACCUCGAUCUAUGUGCCCUCCAUGAGGUUAACCUCGCCCUCAAUUUCGACACCCAAGAUUCGGCAAUCAUCGGAGGAUGCGAUCUCUAUACAACGAAAGCCGCGGGCGGGGACAAGAAGUUGUACAAGCGCAUAGAGAAGACCCUGGAGGACAGGCACAGGGAUCUCCUCAGCGCGGUGGCCGAUAUGUCACCAGAAUCUGCCGCAAAGUUCACGGAUCAGAUCAACCUCGAGCGUAACACACCCUUUGGCAGCUUCAACGAGACAUCAAAUCGCCAUACAUUCGCGUACUUGAUCGCGACGCUCAAUGCCACCCAUGUCGAUUACGACUUCGCGAACACGCUCAAUCCCGACGAGUUUGGCCGGGAGACAAAGAAGAGUUUCAUGCACAAGGUCGAUAUGACAAUGUACUACCUUCGGCCACAGAUCUAUUCCCAAGGUCUUCCGGCGGGUGCUGUCACUCCUUUGGGUUCGCCCAUCUGGAGCCCCCGAUCGUGGCAAUUGGUUGACAGCGAGAUGGACAUGGAAGAGUGCGAGUAUUAUGUCUGGCAGCCGUCCGACGAUCCAUUUGCCGACGAUGGCGCUAUCUGGAGCCAUCACUUUUUCCUGUAUAACAAGGAUCGCAAACGUGUUUGCUACUUUUAUCUGCGCGGCAUCAGCGCGCUUUCUAACAGCCCGACACCGGCCAUGUCUCUCAUGUCGAAGCUCAAGCAGCAUGAAGCUAGUAGCAAUGCUGGGUCUCGAAAGCGUGCCGAGUACUGGCUUGGCAGCCGGGCGAAACGUGGCCUCGAGGCCUACGGCGAGAGCGACGAACUCGACAACAUGGUCAUUGAGCACCCCGAGGAUGUUGUAGACGCUGAGGAUGUGCCGGAUCUUCGCACUCGUGAAGCUAGUCACGGCUUCGAUUACUGUUCCUCGGAUGACGACAGCGAUAUCGAGUCAUACCUAGACCGCGAGCGCCACCCGAAGAGGCGAAAGAGCUCUGUGCGGACUCUUAGUGACCAUCUUGCCGAGCAAAUCACCAUCUGAGACAUCUUUACUCAAUGGCUUCCUUUUACUGACACUUCAACGUGAUCAAGUCCGGUUGGUACUUAACAACUAGCGACCGCUUUAACACUCCUUUCUCCUUUGUAAAGCACUGGUACGGCGUUCUGAGGGCAAUGCUGCAUUUUCCGGAUGGUCUUGAACGUGACGGCCACAGGCGUAA